CCUUCAGCGGCCAGAGGUCCGAUUGGGAACCCAGGUACCAGUUCUGGAGGGACUUGAUUCUCAGAAUCGCUCGCCGCUUCGGCCUCCUCCUCAUCGAACCCUCUCAGGUGAUGAAGGAAUGGUUUAACCGCGGCGGUUUGACUCCUCUGUGCGUCGAUCAUGUUUUGGUAAGCUUCCUGGGAGGGUUUGCUUUGUGGGCAGCGCACAUAAAUUACGUUGUGCAUAGCUAUGGUGUCCAUUAUAUUUGUUUUCCUGAACGCCGGCUAUCAGUUUGGUAGCGUGCUACUCCGAGCUGUCAGUGGAAUAGUUCAUGGAAAUGCUGAACCAGUUUGGGAAAUUUCUGAUGCUGGUAUUCUAAUUUUGCUGGGACUUAUUAGGCAUUGAGUUGCUUUAGUGAAAUUAUGCUCAGUAAGUGUAUUGUGGCCCAGAUGUUGGGCGAAAUUAUGCCGUUGCGCUUCUCUUUAGUAGAGUUACUAACCACUUGUCCCUGUGAGCUUGUUGUGGGCUGUCUUUAUUCUUCAUUUUCAGUCUUUGAUGUAUGAUGAAGGUGAUAUUCUCCGAAAAGCUGAUCUUGGAGAUCCGAGUAGUGGACGCCUUUCCCAGAUCUUGAGGAAAGUAAGACUUUUGGUGGUAAGACCGUCGAGUGCUGAAGCAGUACUGGAAGAUAGUGUCAUUCUUGCUGCUCUCCUCAAGGAGAAAGCAUGCGAAGUUCUGAAUGUCUUAUCCGAGAGCAGUUGGACAUCUUCAUGCAUUGUAACAAGGAGAAGGUUCCAGGAGAUUUGUGGAGGGCCUGAGAAAGAAUCCAUCAUUUUGAGCUACCUGUCGGGAUGCAGAAAAGCACAAUACUUGUCCAUUCACAAGAAGGAAUUUAUAGAGGGUGUUAAAGUUUCCCUUACGGCAGCUGCAGUUUCCACUAUCACAAGUCUAGAUCACGAUGUUCUGCACUUAAUUUGGACGACGGAAAAGCUUCAACAACAACUCGACUUGAUUGAUCAACGCUAUGAGAAGACCAGAAGUUUAGCUGCUGCUUCUUUGAAAGCUGGAAACAAGAAAGUUGCGCUCAGGUAUGCAAGAGAGUUGAAGCUGGCCUCUGAGAGCAGAGAAAAAUGCGCAGCACUCUUGAACAGAGUGGAGGAAGUUCUUCAGAUCGUUUCCGAUGCUGAAUCUACGAAAAAGGUUUCGGAAGCGAUCCAAAUUGGAGCUCGGGCAAUGAAGGAAAACAAGAUCAGUGUAGGGGAAGUUGAACUCUGUCUGGAAGAAAUUGACGAGAGCAUUGAUUUCCAGAAGCAAGUUGAAAAGGCUCUAGAAUCAACAUCAACUGGCAGAUUUGAGGAUGAGGAUGUCGCCGAUGAGCUUAGAAAGUUAGAGCUGGAAGUUGGGAAAGAACACUCCCAGAUAGGCGAUCAGAUAGAUAAUGCUUCAAAAGAAGCAGAGGAAUCGGAAUAUGCCGCAUCUCUAAGUGAAGCCUUUUCAAAUCUAAAACUUGAAGUUAAUGCAUCCGAGGAAAUUGGGCACGAUCGUGCACCUCGAGCUAGUGAGGAGGAACGUAAAAAUUCAAAGUUUGAAGCUGAAGCUGCUUAGCGCAAAUGGUUACAGAGAUUUUCAUCAAUCAUGAUUUUGCAAAGCGUGGAGCGAUGUAGUAUGUAUGAUAUACAGUUUCUCUGAUAUUGCACCUUCAUGUAUAUGAGGCAACUUGGAUGUGUUAUAAGCAAUGUAAUGCAUGCAGCUCCAGUAAGAAGAUGCAUACCAAAGAUCUGUAGCUUUUAACCUUUUUUCAUUUUUGUGAUAGCUAUCGUUUACA